ACAAAAUACCGAACCUCUUACUUAUUACAUACAUUUUAAGAAUUAUAAGCCUCUGUCCUUAACGUUUUCUUCACUGUGCAGAAAUUAGGAGGAAUAUGAGUAGAAGUGCAGAAGAAGUUUUUCCAAUGGUCGGAGAGUUCAGCGAGUCAGAGUUCUCUCCCAUCUCAGCCCCAUCUUUUAGUACUGUUCUCUCUCAAAAUGAUCAGCCCCCAUAUCUGCAAUUCCUUAUGACCAGCGACCUCUUACAGGAGAUAAUUAGUACACCCACAGAGACCGAGAUUGAGGUCCUUGAGAAAAUCUCUAUGCAUGAGAGGAAUAUGGGAAUCGCAUGUGGACCUAACGAUCGGAAGAAAUGGAUGGUGAAGAAACUGCAGAUGGAAGGCUAUCAAUCUUCUCUCUGCACUACUUCUUGGGUUUCCACUUUUGGUCGUUCCAGAAGUCGCUUCAUAGAUCCAUCCGAAGUUCUGCAAUACACAGGAAAAUAUGAAUAUAUUGAUGUCAUGGUGAGAGGUGGAAAUGAUCAGAAUCCAACAAGGCUUAUUGUGGAUAUGGAUUUUAGGUCUCAGUUUGUAUUGGCAAGGCCUACACCAAGUUACAUGGAGCUCGCAAACAUCAUCCCUUCCAUCUUUGUUGGGACUGAAGAGAAGCUCGAGAAGAUAGUCUCUCUGAUAUGCUCAGCAAUGAAACGAUCACUAAGAGAGAGCGGCCUCUACAUUCCUCCCUGGAGAAAAACCAGCUACAUGCAGUCCAAAUGGCUUUCUAAGAACUGCAAGAAAGUCUCCGUCUGAGCCACCCAUAAUUAGGGUUUGGGUAUGCAUGAAAAGAAGUACUGGAUGAUGCAGGUGCUUUUGAAGCCUAACAAAAAUGGAGGUUUUUUGUCUUUCUUUUUUGUGAGUUUGGAGUUUUUUAUUUCGUAGGGGAAGACCUCAGUUUUUUUAUUUUAGGUCUUUUUCUGAUUCAGCUUUUGUAUGGUUUUGGACAAGUCAAAAUCGACAAGAUCAGGAGAGAUAUAUACUAUAGCUCAUGUAAGCUGAUAAUUAAAUCAUGAAUAUCAAUACCUUUUGCUUUCCGAUUACCUUCCAGCUCGAUCGAUUUACUCAGCUGCCAAACAAACGGGUUGAGAAAGUUCUUCCCAGGAGAAAAACCUGCAUGCAAUAUGAUUCUCAAAUUGAGAACCAUAGUCCGAAACAAAAUUAUGGAAAAGUCAUGUGCGGAACUGUUAUUUGCAGUCGAAAGCUCCCGAUCGAUAUGUGAUCUU